CGUCAACAGUAGUUCCGCAGAAAAUAAUUUGAUGGAGGACGAAAGUUGAGCAGGAUAUCGUGUAAAGAGGUUGAUUUUGCAGAAACACUGCCAUCAUGGCUGACAGAAAGGCAGAAUUAGAGAGAAAGAAGGCUCGCCUCGAGCAGAUGAGGAAGGAGAGAAUUGAGAAGGAACGCAUUAAGAAAAGUCAACCGAAAAGCACGUCUCUAUCUAAAGAUGAUUCUAUACAGCGGCAACAGAGUGAAGAUACUAAGGCCAAGCCCCCAACAGAUCUCAGGACAGAAACUGACAAGAUGCUCCGAGAUCUGGGCAUCCCGCCUGCAGCUGAAAUUAUCUCUCCAGAUACUACUGCUGGUAAAGGGGUGCCCCCUGGUGCCCAACCUAGCAAACAGGGGGAGAUAACGCAAACAGUUGCUCCAUCAAGUUCCAAGAGAAAGGUGAAUUUAUCAAUGUGUAAAGUGUCGGAGACGAACAUCCCGCCGAAGGAAAAUGUGACGUACAGCAAGGAGGUGCAGACCGUGGCGUCGGAACCACUGGAUAAGGAUGGAUUGAAGGGCGGUCGAGGUCCUGCCACACGUGGGCCGUGGGACUAUUACGAUUCAGAUUCAAGCACAUGCAGCCCUAAACUGGGGUCCUCCCCUCGGUAUGGGUCCCCAAAGUUCGUGUAUCCAAAUAUGGAGUGGGAUGACGAGUUCACGGAUGAUGAGGAUGAAAGUGAGGAGGACGAAGUUCUUGUUUAUGACAACCCUGAAAAAUCAGAUGAUGAGGCGGACACUGACUCCAUGGACGUGGGUGCGGACUCGACCCCAGCUCACCGGAUGCCUCAUGUGGAGAUGGUGGCACCAACCCAGCAAGAUGGAGAGAAGAAGGAAGAGAAGAUUCCAGUGCGUGAGAUGAGUGAAGAGGAAAAGAAAACCAUCAUGCUGAGUGACGACUUCCAGACAUUCUUCUACAAGUCAGCUAGGGUCAUCGAGCGAGCCAUGGCUGAAGAUUCUGACAUCUUCAUGGACUAUUCUGGUGGAGACAGGGAAGGCAAUGACGAUGAUGCUUUGGCAGGAGAGAGGUUAAAGCUGAACCGGGCCUUCUAUGAUGAGCGCUGGUCUAAGCAUCGAACCAUCACCAGCCUGGACUGGUCCACUCAGCACCCAGAACUCAUGGUGGCGUCCUACAACACAAAUGAGGAUUCACCUCACGACCCCGAUGGCGUGGCUCUCAUCUGGAACAUCAAGUUUAAGAAGGACACUCCGGAAUAUGUCUUCCAUUGCCAGUCUCCAGUCAUGUCCAGCUGUUUUGCCAAAUUCCACCCGAAUCUAGUUGUAGGGGGUACAUAUUCUGGUCAGAUUGUCCUGUGGGACAACCGAGUCAACAAGAGAACUCCAGUACAGAGGACGCCCCUGUCUGCUGCAGCUCACACGCACCCAGUGUACUGCGUAAAUGUGGUGGGCACACAGAAUGCCCACAAUCUCAUCAGUGUCUCCACUGAUGGCAAGAUGUGCUCCUGGAGUCUCGACAUGCUCUCACAACCACAGGACAGCAUGGAGUUACAGCACAAACAGAGCAAGUCUGUUGCCGUUACUUCCUUCUGCUUCCUGUCAUGUGACGUUAACAACUUUGUUGUUGGAGCCGAAGAUUGCACAGUUUACACAGCAUGUAGACAUGGAACAAAAGCUGGGAUCAAUGAGGCAUUUGAAGGCCACCAGGGCCCUGUCACUAGCAUUGACUGUCACUCAGUACCAGGACAGAUUGACUUCUCUCCAUACUUCAUCACAUCAUCUUUCGAUUGGACCAUCAAGUUAUGGAGUAUAAAGGACCAGAAGUUCAUCCACUCCUUUGAGGACAACAGUGACUACGUGUACGGCGUACAGUGGUCUCCCAUCCACCCUGCUCUUUUCGCCAGUGUAGAUGGAAUGGGUAGACUUGAUCUCUGGCAUCUCAAUAAUGAAACUGAAGUGCCGACAGCAUCCGUUGUGGUUGAUAAUGUGGCCCUGAACCAGCUGAAGUGGCAUCAGAGCGGCCACCAUAUCGGGGUUGGGGAUGACCUCGGCAAAAUAUCCAUUUUCGAUGUUGGAGAGCAUAUCGCCAACCCCAAGUCUGAUGAAUGGUCGCGGUUUGUACGAACACUCCAGGAACUGAAACAACAUGCUCAGGAGAGGGAAGAGGACUCCACGCUGGCAGGAAUGUCCACCCCACUCCGAUAAAUCUCACCCGCUUAACUCAAACUUGUGCAAUUUCUCUGUGAACCAACAUUGGGUGCUUCAUAUUGUGUUUGAGGCUAACCUCACAUGCUGUCAGUGACCUGCCUUUGAAACAAUGUCCCACUUCUGUGACCAUUGAACAAGUCGUCUGUUUGUAAGGACAAAGCAGGCACUGACACUCUUGUCAUCUGUGAUGCAAAGAAGCAGAUUAUGUUCUGUGCCUAGAAAUGAUUAAAGAAUUUAACAAAUUACCCAAUACCUUGGAGUAAGUUUUUAGUAAACACCAAAAUUAUACAUGAAAUAUCAAUUAUUUUGAAAGCAUGUUUAUGAGGAUGCUAAUAUUUUUCUUACACAUAAUUCUAUGUCAAGGAAGGUUAGGAGUCAUGCAUUUACAAUGUUGAGAGAUGGAGAGAUAUUUUAGUGCUUGAUGAAACAAUAAGUGCUGGAAUCAAACAGUGUCUUACUACUACAGUGUUUGCGAAGACCUGUAAAUUUGAAUACAGUAGACAUGGAAUGUAGGUUUACCAUUGUUUCAAUCCAUCCUGUCUUUCAAAAUAAUUCUGAAUUACCAGUGCUAAAUAUAAGGCUUAUUUAAUUUCCAAGUUGUAUUCUUAGUUUCUCAAAUCCAAUCACACCUGCUUGUUAAAAUAAUUCCUUUUUAGAAGUUCUUUCAGUUGGGGUAUAACUCCCAUCACAAGUUUAUUGUAGAAAAGAAUAUAUUUCUUACUUCUGCUAUGCAGUGUAAUUUUAUACUAGCCUUAUAUUUAAUUAUUUAUAUUUAUUAGUUACAGGUUAGCCUUGCUUUUGGAGUGGUGUAUUAGUAAAACAAAUAUGGUUCAGAUAUGACAUGCUGAUCAUGUUUGAAAAUGACAAAUAAAACUGUUGAUAUAUGUGCAUGACAUACUUGUUACAUAUGUGAAUAAAAAACAACUGAAGCUGA